CUCGUGUUGAGUCCCAUGGACCCUGUUUUGUAUGUGGUGGAGUGGAUCACCUAGCUCAGGAUUGUCCCACAUUUGCUGAAAUGAGGGGUGUGUAUGAGGAACAUUGUAAUGCCCUAGGUAUGUACAAGAAGCCUUUUACACCCUUUUCAGAUACCUAUAAUCCUGGUUGGAGGAACCAUCCUCACUUUAGUUGGAAAUCUGACCCGCAACAUCCUGCACAACCACAGCUGCCUAGAGCUUAUUCUACACCUCCAUACCAUGCCCCAUCUUCUAGGAAUCCUUUAGAGGACACACUACAUGCUUCUAUUGAGGCUCAGAAUAAGACAAACCAGAAGUUUGAAUCAAUGAUUACUCAGGUGGUUGAGGAAAAUAAAGAGAUUAGGAGUCAAGUGUCUAAGUUGAUUAGUGCUUUAACCGUAAAUGAGCGAGGAAAAUUUCCAUCGCAAGCUCAACCCAAUCCCCAAGGUCAGCAUAUGGCACAAACUUCUAACCCUGAUAGGCAAGAUCUUAAGGAGGUUAAUUCCAUAACUACUCGAAGUGGUAAGGUUAUAGAAAGGGUUCCCAAGCCUAAGGACACACAAGAGAAGUUGAGUAGUGAUGUAGUUGAUGUUCCAAGAGAGGAAGAGAUAGUGAAGAGUCCAGUUAGAGUGCCCUUUCCUCAAGCUCUCAAGUCUACCUCAAGAGUUAUGGACCAUAGUAGCGAGAUCCUAGAGAACCUAAGGCAAGUGAAAAUUAAUCUUCCUUUGUUACAUGUGAUAAAACAGGUUCCAACUUAUGCAAAGGUCCUUAAAGAUUUGUGCACUGUAAAAAGAAAACACCAUGUUAAGAAAACAGCUUUUCUAACGGAACAAGUAAGUGCUUUGAUUGAACAGAGAAUCCCACCAAAAUAUAAGGACCCAGGAUGCCCCACAAUUUCUUGUAUUAUUGGGAAUCAUGAGUUUGCACAGGCCUUACUUGAUUUGGGAGCUAGUGUCAAUCUCAUGCCUUAUUCUGUUUACUUGCAAUUGGGAUUAGGAGAGAUCAAACCCACCUCUGUGGUCUUACAGUUAGCUGAUCGGUCAGUAAAGAUACCAAGGGGGAUAGUUGAGGAUGUGUUAAUUCAAGUUGAUAAAUUUUACUAUCCUGUUGAUUUCUUGAUUCUAGACACACACUCUGUUGUUAUUUCUGAAUCAAAAAUCUCCAUUAUUUUAGGUAGACCUUUUCUUGCCACCGCUAAUGCUCUUAUUAAUUGCAGGAAUGGAUUGAUGAAGUUGUCCUUUGGGCAUAUGACCCUUGAGGUCAAUAUCUUCCACAUAAGCAAACAGCCACAGGAGGACGAUGAGUGUCACCAAACUUACCUGAUAAACACACUUAUGCAAGAGGAAGCCAUCACAAAACAUGACCCCGAUCCUCUUGAAUAUUUUCUUAUUAAUUCUGGGUUUGAUAGCACAUUUGACUCUAAUGAUGUUACUAAUAUUUGUGCUGUUUUUGAUUCAUCUCAGGAUUAUGGGACGAGGACAUGGCAACCAAGAUUUGAGGAGCUGCCCUUGAUGCGAGAACAACCGAAGCCAUCUACCAUUGAAGCCCCAAAAGUCGAGUUAAAGCCACUGCCUAAGGGUUUAAAACAUGCAUUUCUUGGUCUAGGUGAUACCUUUCCUGUAAUAAUUUCUUCUAACUUAAGUGCAUCACAAGGUAAAAAAUUACUUAUAACUUUGAAUGAGCAUAAAUCUGCACUUGGUUGGACCAUGGCCGACAUUAAAGGCAUCAGCCCUUUAAUUUGUUCUCAUAGGAUUCACUUGGAGGAGGGAGCUAACCCUCGUAGAGACCUCCAACGCAGGCAACCUACCAUGAAAGAAGUUGUGAAAAAUGAAGUCUUAAAACUGUUAGAUGCGGGUAUUAUUUAUCCGAUUGCCGAUAGCAAGUGGGUUAGUCCUACGCAGGUAGUUCCUAAAAAGUCAGGUGUCACAGUAGUGAAGAAUGAUGUAGGAGAAUUAGUCCCUACCAAAGCAGCAACCGGGGGAAUAGAGGUUGAUCAAUCCAAAAUUGAGUUGAUCUCUAAGUUGCCCACACCUAAGAUUGUGAAGGAUGUUAGAUCAUUCCUUGGUCAUGCUGGUUUCUAUAGGAGGUUUAUCCAGAAUUUUUCUACCAUAUCUAGACCAUUGUGUAACCUUCUAGUUAAGGAUACCCCAUUUGAGUGGACACAAGAGUGCCAAGCGGCAUUCCAAACGCUUAUUGGGAAGCUCACUUCAGCUCCCAUUAUGCAGCCACCAGAUUGGAGUUUACCUUUUGAAAUUAUGUGUGAUGCAAGUGACUACGCAGUAGGAGCUGUCUUAGGUCAACGGAGAGAGGGAAAGCCCUUUGUCAUUUAUUAUGCUAGUAGGACUUUAAAUAGUGCUCAAAUGAAUUAUUCUACUACUGAAAAAGAACUACUAGCUGUAGUAUUUGCAUUAGAUAAAUUCCGUGCUUAUUUGAUUGGCUCGCCUAUUACAAUUUUUACAGAUCAUGCAGCCCUUAAGUACCUUCUCGCAAAGAAGGAUGCUAAGGCGCGAUUAAUUAGGUGGAUCUUGCUUUUGCAGGAAUUUAAUCUAACCAUCAAGGACAAGAAGGGUUUAGAGAAUGGGGUGGCUGAUCACCUCUCAAGGUUAAUAUUUGAGGAUACUACAGAUACACCACCGAUCCGUGAUGAUUUUCCAGAUGAACAAUUAUUUUCUAUCACCUCCAUGCCGUGGUUUGCACAUAUUGUCAAUUAUUUGGUAACAGGUGAGAUGCCAUCAGACUGGAAUGCACAGGAUAAGCAGAAGUUCUUAACAGAGGUACGUUCUUUUUAUUGGGAUGAUCCACAGCUUUUUAAGUACUGUCCUGACCAAAUUAUGAGGAGAUGUGUCCCAGAUGAUGAGAUAGCAAGUGUCUUAGAAUUCUGUCAUUCCCAAGCUUGUGGAGGCCAUUUCUCUAUGAAGAAAACCGCUGCAAAAAUUUUGCAGUGUGGAUUUUAUUGGCCAUCAUUGUUUCGAGACACAAAUGUUUAUUGUCGUUCUUAUGAGAAAUGUCAAAAAUUAGGAGCUUUGUCCCGUCGUAAUAUGAUGCCUUUGAAUCCAAUUUUAGUGAUAGAAAUUUUUGAUUGCUGGGGUAUAGAUUUUAUGGGACCGUUUCCUCCUUCUUUUGGUUAUCUAUAUAUUAUUGUUGCAGUAGAUUAUGUGUCCAAAUGGGUAGAGGCUGCAACUUGUAGGAACAAUGACAAUAAGACAGUAAUUAAAUUUCUAAAGGAAAAUGUGUUGUCUCAUUUUGGUACACCACGUGUUAUCAUUAGUGACCGGGGUACACAUUUUUGUAACCGUUCCUUUGAAGCAUUGAUGAGGAAGUAUGGGGUGGUGCAUAAGAUUUCUACAGCUUACCAUCCUCAAACAAGUGGGCAGGUAGAGCUUGCUAAUAGAGAGAUUAAGCGUAUUUUAGAGAAAACGGUUAACCCCGACCGGAAGGAUUGGUCAUUGCGAUUAACUGAUGCACUUUGGGCAUACCGUACAGCUUUCAAGACCCCCCUAGGCAUGUCACCUUAUAGGCUUGUUUUUGGUAAACCUUGCCACCUACCGGUAGAGCUAGAACAUAGAGCCUAUUGGGCUAUUAAGAACUUUAACUUUGAUUUACCUGAAGCCGGUGAGCUUAGGAAGUUCCAGAUGACCGAGUUAGAAGAGUUGCGAAAUGAAGCUUAUGAAAAUUCUAAAAUUUACAAGGCUAAGAUGAAGGCAUUUCAUGAUAGAAAUAUUCUUAGAAAAACAUUUGCACCUAAUCAACGAGUAUACUUAUAUGAUUCUAGGCUUCAUAAACACCCUGGUAAAUUACGAUCUAGGUGGACUGGUCCUUUUGUGGUAAAGCAUACAUUUGAGAAUGGAGCGGUAGAGAUAGAAGAUCCUAGAGAUGGUCGGAUGUUUAAGGUAAAUGGCCAGAGACUCAAGCCGGUCCUUGAGAAAGAGGCUCCAGUAGAGGAAGAUAUUCUUCUCAUGGACCCCGUCCACGAACAGUGA